AUGGUCACGGGCCUCCUCGCUGGGAUCUACGGGCAGAGCCGGAUUUACUUCGCGAUGUCCCGAGACGGCAUGGCGCCGUCAUGGUUACAGGAGGCACCCAGCUGCGCGUGCUGGUGUGGGAUGCUGGCGGCGACGCUGGCCACGUUCUUCGAUGUGAAGAGCUUGGCGUCGUUUCUGAACAUUGGCGUCCUCCUGUCCUAUGCCAUGACCGCAGCCUCGGUUUUAUUGAUCAACAGCUGCAGCAAAAAAAGGCUGAGGGACACCUUGAUUGGAUUCAAAAUUGAAAACGGCACCAAGGAGCGUCCCCUGAUGCUCGUGGCUGCGCUGCUGUCGGGCCUGCUCUCCAUGGGUGGCACAUGGGGGUUGGUCGGUGGCAUUGGCAUGUGCUGCUUUCUGGUUUUCGUUCAGCUUACCUGUGGUUACAAGUGUGGCCCUCCAAGUACCUUCAAGUGUCCUGGGAUUCCCUUGACGCCCAUGGUCGCGCUCGCCUCCAACGUGUCCCGGUGUCACCACGCCUGGCUUCGGUUGUUGGUGGUGAGUUUGUUGGUCUUCUUCCUUCACAGCGCUUGUGUCUGCUUGGGCAUUCUGGAUCCCAAGAAGGCAACUCCGGUGACCGCUUAUGCCACUGAUGGCACCACUGGAAGAAGUGUCAGACUGGGUCGCGAUCGGAGUCGCGGGAUGGGCCGCCCGGCCAAGGCGAGGUCCUCCAGCCGCGGAGGCGGCGCAGCCCAGGGAGGCCAUGACGCUGUCUGCACUGUCGUGGUCCGCUUCAAGAUGAAAUCAGAUGUGUUGGACUUCGCUGCAGGUGGCGCGCUACUGGACCGCCGGCGACACGUCUGCAAGACCAUCCACUCAGUAGCUCGGUACAACACAAGACAGGGGCCUCACAUGGUUUGGGUGGUCCCUGCGGAGAGAGCUGAAAGAACGACGACUUCCGACUCUUAUUGUAGCUAUCCCUUCGACGCAAUGAAGUCAGUGAUUGCUGCCUCCGUGAUCGCUGUGACCGAUGCCAUCGUGAUGCAUGUGGGUGAGUCUGUGGGCUACAACUUUGGAUCUGCCAAGUGCCCAUGCGUGGGCUUGGCCGGCUUGGACGGAACGACCACAGUGAAGCUGGACGCGAACACCUCGGUGGACUACCCCGGCAGCUUCGCGGCCUACUGCAGGGCCUGGGAUAACGGUCGCAACAACGUGAGUUGCAAGGAGGGACAGGAGCCCGGAAAGGACAAGGGCUGGUGCGCAGAGUCCUGGUGCUAUGUGGAUCCUUGCAACUGCGAGUUGGAUGAGCCCGCGACCAAGGUUCCGGAUGAUGGUGGAUACAUGCCGCACUCCAGCUACCAAGGACGUGGCAUGUGGUAUUCCUACAAGACCUGCGGAGGGAAAGACUAUUGGAUGACCCCAGAGAAGAAGAAGGAACUGCAGGUUCAAACUGAGAAGGGGGAUAUCAUCGAGAUAUCACAGGACCCCAACAAAAGAUGCGAGGAUUGUUGCUUGACCCAUAGCUCUUCAUAA